AUGGCCAUGUCUUUGUCACUCUCAGCGUUCCUCCUGUUGGCACCGUUGCUGUUUAAGGGUCUCUGGGUCAGUGGCUCCCCGGGCUGCGCGUCUUGCAGGUUGUCAGCGAUGGAUAAGGACGCAGAGGAAAGGAUGAUGAUAGAAUUCGCCAAGCAGCAACUUUUGGACAAACUGCACCUGAAAGAGAAACCAAACAUCACUCACACCGUGCCCAGGGUCGCGCUCCUCACGGCACUGCGCAAACUUCACUCGGGGCGCGUCAGACAGGAUGGUACCAUUGAACUAGAAAACAGUAUACCAACCAGAGAUCAAGGCUAUGAAAUAGUGAGCUUUGCAGAUAUAAAUGAUGCAAAGAGCAGUGACAAGGCAAGCCUUAGCCUUACCUUUCAGUUUCUGCAGGAACGUGGCCAAAGUAUCCAGGUCCUCCAGUCCUCUUUGUGGAUCUAUGCCCGUGCCUCUGAGGACCCACAACGGAACUCUCGUCUCCUUGCCCAGGUUUUCCUCUCCGCAGAUGGUGACAUCUCAGGCUCUAAUCGGACCUUGGUGAUGGAAAAGAUGUUGCACGUCAAGGAGAGUAACUGGCACACUUUCUCCGUCACCCACACCCUGCAAACCUUCUUGGACGGGGGUCAACAUCGGCUGCAGCUGGAGGUCACCUGUGAAGAAGACGGACAGAACCUUUGCUCCCUAGAUAGCUCUGCUGAAACCCCCUACCAGCCCUUCCUGGUGGCUCAGGUGCGUCUCCGUGAUGACCACUCCAAGCAUUUGCUCAGGAAGCGCUCAGUGCGUUGCGGUGAUGAUGUAACAGUCUGCUGCAAGAGAGACUUCUACAUCAAGUUUAAAGACAUCCAGUGGGAUGAGUGGAUCAUUGCACCUGAAGGCUACCAUAUGAACUACUGCAUGGGACAUUGCCCCCAACAUCUGUCUGGUUCCCCAGGUAUAGCAUCCUCAUUCCAUGCCACUGUCUUCAGCCAACUCAAAGUCAAUGGUAUUAACACAGCUACAGCCUCAUGCUGCGUUCCCACAGAGCGUCGACCACUCUCCAUGGUUUACUUCAACUCUCAGCACAGCAUUGUCAAAACAGAUGUCCCUGACAUGAUAGUGGAGACCUGUGGAUGCACAUAAAAAAUUGAGUAUUACUAUUAGUGGUAUAAUUAAUUAUUUUCUUGAGUGUAUUGUAGACAAGUUGACUUAAAGAAACACAAAUUUGACCAACUUUGGACAACCAACUUUUACACAGAGUACUUUAAAAUGAGAAAUGCCCACCCAAAAGACUUUUGAAUUAUCGACAGAGGAUGUUACUAGACUAUCUUUACAAAUACAAACAUGUUUGUUUUAUAGCAGUUACUAAAUAGGUGUGUUGUGUGUAUUUUUACAUAAAUGUAUAAAUUAACGCUCUAGGUUUACAUUAAGAAAAUUAUGGGCACAAAAAAGAAUAUUAUGAGUAUAUAAGUAUUAUGUUCUAAAGAAAUAGGUAUUGAUACAGUUUACUGCUUGUAGUAACUUUUAAUUUAUUUGUAAACUCUUGUAGUCAGUAUUUAAAGAAACUCAAAUGCAUUUCAGUGCCUAGAGGUGAGCAAAUACGCUAAGUCUGGAUGCAGAUACAUUUAUUCUUUUAUACGUCAGAGACAAAAAUCAAAGAGCAGCACUAAAAUAUUAAAGACUCAAUAAUAAAGUUUAGAUUUCAAUGCAAAAAAGUACAGUGAAUACAAAAGUACAGUAAAGAUAUCAGGUUCCAUUUUCAAACUUAUAUAAACCCAUAAAGUCUUGCAUUAAUUAAUUUUCACUUUUCUCAUUUGUACCUUACAACUUUUACUUUUCACAUGCUGCCGGGAUGAAGUUCAAAGAUGCACUACAUUUCUUUCCUAAUUCAUUGUGUGUUUUAUAGUAUGUUUUGUGUCAUAAUCAGUGUCCAAAUGUAAAAAAAAUAUAUAUAUAUUCUAUAUACUUUCAUUUUUACGUAACUAUUUUUUUCAUUGCAAAUCUUCAUCCACCUAAAUGCUGCUGUUUUACAGAAAUGCUUUCAAAACAAUGAAAAAUAUUUAAAGCGUGCCUUUUUCUUUAACUUCUGAUGACAUUAAAGCAAAUACAUUUACAUUCCACAAAUACUUUGAUCACAUUGUGAGGCUGCGAGGGGAACAAGUUGUUGUUACAAUGCAAGAAAUCUGGACUGAUUUCUGUCAAAGGGUACCCCGUGCUGCAUGCAGCUGGAAUAUGUUUAAUCAGCAUCUCCACUGUAUUAUUUACACAAGCUGGCUUAUCAUUUGGGCAACUGUGGCUCUAACAGCAUAUGAACCCAAGGUUAUUCUCAGCAAUGUGAGCAAACAUUUAGCUAUUGCUUCAGUGUCAGGUAAUGUGAAGGUCUGGAGGGUAGGUGGGUCAGUGAGCAUGUGCUGCUGCACGCUGGCAUUUUUAGCUCUCAAAGUCUAAAGAUUUCAGGGGUGAUGCAAAAUUUCAUGCUUUCCAGGUGGAGGCAGUCUUGUUUCUUUCAUAUGCUGGAAAUAUCAUACACAUGUCCCAGUAGCAUAAUUUACGCUUCAUAAUUUCACAAUCUUUGCGUAGCUGUAUAGUUUUAACUGUAUAGCAGAAUGUCUAUUGGAACAUUACCAAGUAAAGCAAAUGUAUACCUAUUUCCAUACUAAAAUCACUUCACAGUUUAAAUUUGGCGGGAAACGGUGCAAACUGAGAUCUACUCAAGGAAGGGGAAAAUGAAAAAGGCAGUACAACAACGAGAAAGCAAAGGAGCUCAGCAAUAGAUUUUUUUUUUUAGUUUCCCCAACUUUGAACCUGGAAGAGUGUUAAUAAAUUAAUGUCUAUCAAUACAUCACAUUUUUAUUUUUAGAGAUGAUACCCAGGGUUUCUCUACUUCGACCUGUAUUAACACUGUGUUCAUCUUGGCUGUAUUGAUAUACUAUAUGUCUUACAGACUUGGAUUUUACAGCCAUAAUGCAAAGGAAACAAUUGAAACAGUGCAUGGGGGAAUUUUUUACCAAAGACCAUAAAAAACCUUUUAUUUUAUUUUUGUGCUGAUAUUUGAUAAACUAUUUUCACCUCUCUCCCUCUCUCUUGCCUCUGUGAGCUGCUCUCGUAUUAAAGCAAUUUACUUUACACCUGUGUGAAAUAAUUAUAAAACUGUUGUAUUUUAAUAUUAUGAUUGAUAUUGUAGGCACUUCUUGUCCAAGACUCAAUGUGACAUUGAAGUGCCAUUGCAACAUAUCUUAUUAAGCACUUUAUCACCCUACUGUAUUUUAGAGUGUGCUGACAGGUCUAUUACUGUACUUAAUGCAUCAGGUUGGCAUUACCUGAAAUACCUAAAAGCGGGCCUACAGAAAGAAAAUGUCAAUUUUCAAAGUUCUAGUUGUUUUUAAAAGUGUGUGUGUGUGUGUGUGUGUGUGUGUGUGUGUGUGUGUGUGUGUGUGUGUGUGUGUGUGUGUGUACUUUUGGAGCAUUCACAGAAUGCAAGAAUUUGAAUUCUGUUUCAAUUGAAAUUCGUAAUCAUUGUUGUUAUUUUUGUAUCACAUUAUUUUAUUUUAUGUAAAUGAAAAAUUUGUAAGAGCAAAUACAAUUCAAAAAUGUCAGUGUGUGAUAAAAUGUCAUGAUUCUAUUUUUAAUUAAUAAAUAAAUCUAUAUUUUAAACAGACUAAAUUCCUUCAUUGUAUUUUAUUGUAUAAAUGGCAUUUUAUUGUAUGUGUCUUAUUCUUAAGCCACAACACACUGCAGUGUACAGCAAAAGCAGUACUGGUUAUUAGGUAAAUUAAGCCAACUGUAGCAGCAAAAUAGUAAUGUAAGUACAGUACUGUGCAACAGCCUUGAGCCCAUCUUUCCUCCCAUUGCUUUAGUUGAAUCUACAAAAAUGACAAAGAUAAAACAGACUUACAAAGAGCAUUUUUGCACCAACAAGCUGAUUCCCAAAGACCUGUUAGAUGAAACCUUGGCAUAUCUCAGCAUGGUAGUGUGUUCUUAAAAUAAAUCUGAUGAAACUGAACAAAUCAAAGACAAAACAAUAAGUGGCAAACUUAAAAAAAAAAAAAAAAAGGCAUCCACAGCAGAUGAUCAGUUUCUGAAUAUCAUGUUAACAAAGAUGGGAAAAAAUCCAGCAAAGACCUGAAACAGAACCUGAGAGAUGCAUCUGACCCUUUAAUUAAUCUAAUAAUCACCAAAGCCUCAUCAAGAACUUGGCUUAAAAUCAGUGGCAAAAGGUCUUAUGGGUUGUUGUAGCUCAUGAGGUAGAGCAGGUCAUCUACUGACUGGAAGGUUAGUGGUUUAAUCCCUGGCUCCCCCAGUCUCCAUGCCAAGUAUCCUUGGGCAAGAUCUCCGAUGCAGCCAUCAGAGACUGAAUGUGUGUGAAUGUUAGCUAGAAAGCACAGAAAAGCUUAGAAGAAAGCAAUUGUGUGAAUGGGUGAGUGUGGCAUGAUGUAUAAAGCCUGUGACUGCUCCGGGAGAGUAGACAAGCGCUAUAUAAGGUUCGGUCCAUAAUUAAUUUGAACUUUUUGGUUCAGGUCAGGAGAGAGGUACAACAGCAAGUGUCUAUACCCAUCUAUAAGACGUGGUGGAGGUGCUGUCGUGGUUUGGGGCUGCAUUUCAGUCAGUGGUGUUGGGGAUCUUGUCACCAUUCCUCCCUUGGUUCUGCUGCAAUAGGCCUAGGCUGCCGGGGGCUCCCCAUGAUGCACUGAGUGUUUCAUCUUCACUCACCUUUUUCCCUCACUCUGCAUUUAAUCAUUAACUAUUAUUAAUCUCUCUCUAUCACAAUAUGUCUUUAGUCUUGUCUUCCUCCCCUUACCCCCAACUAGUCACUGUAGAUCAGUGCUUCUGCCUGAGCCUGGUUCUGCUAGCGCUUUCCUCCUGUUAAAAAGGAGUUUGUCCCUCCCACUAUCGCCAAAGUGCUUGCUCAUAGAGGGUGGGUGGCUGGGUGAGGGCAUAUGAUUGUUGGGCUUUUCUCUCUUUUCUCUGUAUUAUUGUAGGGCCUUUACCUUACACUACAAAGCACCUUGAGGCAACUGUUGCUGUGAUUUGGUACUAUAUAAAUAAAAUUGAACAGAAUUAUUUAACACAGAAAACUAUAGUCAGAUUUUGAUCUGCAAUGCAAUUCCAUCUGGAAAGUGUCGGAUUGGCAGUGGCUUUGUUGUUCAGCAUGACAGUGCCCACAAACAUGCUGCUAACAUAGUAAAAGCAUACCUAAAUACAAAAACACAUAGUGAGACACUAUCAGUCGGUGUAUCUUUCUACUGUACAAUAUAAAGCGUCUUGAGGCGACUGUUGUUGUGAUUUGGCGCUAUAUAAAUAAAAUUGAAUUGAAUUGAACUGAACUGAAUUGGCUUCUCCAGAGCCAGGACCUCAAAAUUACUGAAGCAGUGUGGAAACAGAACAAAAGGCAGAAGAAGAAGAAGAGCUUCCUUCAAGAAACCUGGAGAACCUUUCUCGAAGACUACUUAAAGAAAUUACAAGAAAGCUGCCUAAAAGAGUUCAGGCUGUGUUGAAGAACAAAGGUGAUCAUGACAAAUAUUGACUUUCAAGCGUGUUAGAAGAUUACAUACUCUGUUCUUUCUGUUCUUUCCUUAUAUACUGUAUUUCCAUGUAUGUUUGCAUGUGUUUCAAUAAUCUCUGAACAUAUUUCCCAUUUUCCUAGUAAAAUAUGAAGAAAAGAGGUGUCGCUCAAGACUUUUGCACAUCACUGUAAAUAGUAACCUUCUUUUUUUUCUCAUUGGACAAAUGUAAUGUAUUGGUAAGCAUUGCUUUUCAGAUUCAAGUAGAAAUAUGUUUUGAUUAAGAAAUUGAUCAUUAUUAAUUAACAGGGUUGUUUUGUAUGUAAAAACAAGGUUAUAAAAUUCCCAGUUGAGAAACAAGUCACCUGCAGUGUAACCACAUUUGUACUGUCUAAGAGGCAAAGGGUGUGUUUGCUCAUACAAACAGUAAAAGUGGCUUUAUGGACUGUCUGUGUUUGUUGUGUAAACAGUUGUCUUUUUCUCCUGGCAUGCUGUCAUUUUCACAUCAUACAUUAGCAACUGGGAUAGCUCUGAAUCUAAAUCUUACACAUCUCAGUAGAAAUAAUAUUUAAAAAUAUUAAAUGAUCUAUAUUUUAAUUUUUGUAAUUUCAAAAAGAGCAAUAAUGGAAAGAAUCUGCAUCCUGAUUUUUACAUUAUCAAUCCAGUGGAAUAAAAUCACAGUCACAACCCAGUACAGCUGCGCUGUAACAAUUUAUAAGCACAGUUUUUAUAUCAAGAACAUUAAAAGAUUAUAAAUAAUAAACAUUUUUCAUGUUUUGUAACCACCAUGGAGCAAAUGUCCAAAAGAUCAAUUAUCAGACUCCAUGACUUGUACCAUGAUAUGCUCUCCUGCCAAAAUCUGCCAACUCCCCCAGUACAAUCAACAGUGAUGCUGAUGUUACACCAUCCAAAAUGGACUAUAAUCAGUGUCUGCGUGUAACCUGGCACUAAAAUCGUGUUAGAUCAUAGAGGUUGUUUAUUUAAAUUUCUGUUACUGGACUAAAAGGUCGCUUUCAUCUGUAUUAACAGAAGAUCGAAGAAUUUCUGGCUAAACUGAGUUGUUGGUCUUUGUGAAAGAAACAUUAGCAAAAAACGAGGGGAAAACCAAACAGACUAAUUAUUGUGUUUUGUAUCACAAAGCCCAAGUCCAUGUUACCUUCAUGUGAUGCUGUUCCAUCUAUAUUGAAUGCUAGGUAUACCAUGUUGGUGUCGCAAUCCUUUUGAUGCAGUCUCAUCUAUCUCCUGCAUAAGACCUUUAUUAGACCGGCUUAUUUUUCUGCACAGACUCUGUUAUAGUUGUUUUUUUUAAUCCUUGGUGUAUAAAGUAUGCACAUUUUGACAGUUCAGGAGUUUGAACUACAAUGUGUGUGAGAGUUUGAUAAGAUUUUUGCAGGUGAAUGAGAACAUAAAGGAACACAGAUUAGAAGUAUAGCGUAGGGUGUGGGGUGCAUUUGUCCCGAACAGGUUUUGUAUCACAUUACAGUAAACAGUUAAAUUUGUGAAUAGAUGCAAAUUUAAAUGAGAUUGGAUGAGAUUCUAUUAACUAUUACUGCCUCGAGUCAGCGAUGGACAGUGAACUAAAAUAAACUGAUAAAUAUUGUGUGAAAUUAAUGUUAGUACUACAUGGUACUUAAAAUCCUGACCGUCAUCAAAGCAAAAGUAAGUAGCACAACAGAAGCUAAUUGCUUAUAGUCAACGUGAGCUGCAGAGCAGACUACCUGAUACUAUGCACACUAGUCAGGUGCCACCACCUUCAAGGUGCACAUUUAAAUAUCUGAUGGCUAAUGAACUGAAGAAGAAAAAUCGUACAGCUCUCAAUGAUGUAAGCAACUAUUGUGUCACUUGCUAAAUUUUGCAAUAAAAACCAAUCGGCAUUAGCCACUAAAACAUUUUUUAGAAGUAAGACGUAUGAUGUACAGUUGUUCUUGAUUGACUUGACUGCUGCAUGACAGCAAACUCCACAUUUUCCAAACAGUUAACACACAGACCUAAACAGAGGCUCUCAUUGUCAAAGUGGCACAUUUUGUUUGCAUAAGGCUCUAACCGUGCCAAACCAUUUGAAAUAUGAAACAAAAGCAAAUGUUGCCUUCAAAUAAAAUAGCUUGCAAACAAGUGUAUGAGCUCUUCCAGUCAGUCAUUACACAAUGGACAGCAAAAUACAAAACACAGCACUCAGUGCAAAUCAGUGCACCAUUGCUUGUCAAUGUAGCCCAUUACAUAGCCUUCAUGUUAUCUGCUGAGAUAGUGAUGAUAAAAACUGAGUGGAUCCCAGUUUCCUUAGGCAGGUCAAAGCAAUCAAGAAAAACUGUAAUAUGGAUGGGCAGCAGUAAAUUGACACCAUAGAUUUUCACAGUAGUAGAACCAUCUGGCUAAGACUGGAAGUCCCCUUCAUGCAGACACUAUAUAACACCCCCAGGACCUCUAGGGGUUGUCAUGUGAUGUCUGGCACUGCAAAAGAGCUGAAGUCCCGUGGCUUAAGUGUGGGGCCUACAUAGAUUGGGCUUGUUUCGGCCCAUCCCAUCAACGCUUGAUUAGUCUGGAAUCUGAGGUAUUUAGAAGUUGGA